UUUGAUAAUAAGCUGAAGCUCCCCUCCCAACAACAAACUUGUGACCAAAGGAGCUUUGUCAUCGUGGUUCCUGCAUACAAAGAGAUUAAUGCAUCAAUGUGAAUGCUAUCUGUCUACUGAAGAUAUACGGGCAUAUUAUGAGAGCAUUUAAAACCGUAAGGACAAUAUAGCAAUGGUUUAAUGGCUUUCUCUAAGCGCAGUUAAGAAUAUUCUGUUCAAGUUUCUUUUCACGAAGACAAUGGAUGUGAUUAAAGACAUAUAAUUCACAGACGUUGGACAAUGAAGACGACCAUUAUGGUCUGGGGAAACUUCAUCGGGUUCGUGAAGGUUCUUUACCUGUAUUUUUCUGAAAAGAGAUCGUAGCACCAAGACUUGAUGACGUACAUGUCUGGCUAGUAUGCAUGCAGUAACCCUUUCACUUAAUGGUAACUGUAAUACCCAGCUUAUGGUGUAUGUAGUUAGUACGGUUGUGUGUUAAGGGUUAACGUUUCAUUUUUGGCGCAACAUAGUUACAACACCACCUGAAUGUAUACACUUCUAUGAAGGAAACCUCCGUCUUUUAAGUGAAUUGACUGGGAGUCGGACAUUUGACUCGCUGGGAUUUGUUUUGGAAACGACAGGUGAAGAAGACGAAAUGGAUCUCAUGCUCCAGUGAAUCGUUGCAUAAUUUGUGCCAGGUUCGCUAUGGUUGUAACAGUGAAUACUCGACACAGGGCUGUGUAAUAGUGAAUAUUCGGGUGAUGUUCAGUGGUCAGACUGUGGCCAGGGCAUGAUAUUAGUACUUGUGACGACAGGGGUGUGUGUGGCAAUUCAGGUCAACCCAUAUACGUUAGAAGAAAAGUGGUGAAUAUUGUGGUUUCAACUAUUCGGAUUUAAAUGUCCACCGGAAUUUAAAGAUUUCAUCAACACAUAUCAAGGAUCCACGGGACAUUUUAAAGAACGCCCGUAAGCCCCGUGCACUGUUCUAGUGUCAACUGAUUAUUGAAGAACUAUUGGCGGGAUGCAUUGAGCCGCGGGCUUCUGUUCCUGCUGGUGAUAUAGAUUUCCCAGACUAAUAUCUACAGUGUCUAUAGGAUAAGGGAAAUCAAUAAACGCCUUUACGUCAGGAAGCCCCCAAAACAUGGAGCCCAAGCCAGCAAUGGCUGAAGGGUCGAGAGGGGCGAGGCAGAAGGACCGGAAAUCUGUGAAGGGCGACGCCAUCAUGUGCGAUCUCACUGAACAGGAUCACAAUAUUUUCCUAGCGAUAUCCUUCGGGAAGAUCCAUCGAGUUGCCUCCUUCUUACCGGAAGUUGAAAACAUCAACAUGAGAAAUCACGAACUGCAGACACUGUUGAUACACGCGACAAAUUCUACAACCGGACAUCUCUGCAGUCAACUCGUGCGCAUGCUCAUACACGCCGAAAGUAAGAUCAACGUACAGGAUGUUUACGGACGCUCUGCUCUCAUGUACGCAUGCGCAGACCGUCACAAUGAUGACGCAGUGCGUCACCUGAUAAGGCACCCAUCAUGUGAUCCGAACCUAGUAGAUUGCGAAGGCAACACAGCGUUGAUGUUUGCUGUGGCGGCUGAUUCUGUAACUGCGGUUCACAUACUUCUAAAGCACAGAAAAGUACGCCAUAAAUUGAAUGUUAACAUCUCCAACAUCAAAGGACUGACCGCACUGGACAUGGCAAUAUCGCUGAAGUCGAAAGAGUCUUGUAAGCUUCUGAUCGAUCACGCAGGACAUAAAAUAGCCACUAUCAGCGACGAGGAAGGGUUGUCUGCCCUUAUUGGGUCGGGGACGAUAACGUCGGAGUCAUCAGUAUGACAUAGUGUAACAUAAACUAAAAUACUGUAUGGUUGAUGUGUGGUGGAACAGCCUUAAAGGAAGCCAUCAAGCAAUACCCACAGGUUUGAAGACCUAAAGUAACACGUGACCUGAUUACGUCGCAAUAGAAUUCCCUUUCUGAACAGGACACCCGUUAUAAUGUUUACCAGAUAUGGCUAACCUGUAGAAAAGACCCAUGCCCUAUAAAUUAGCACGACAAUGCAAGCGUCGUUUGAGGAUAAGCAGCUCUUGGAAUGAGCGAUUACCGUUUUUAGUAUACCCACAGUCUUGUCCGACACCCAAGCUUUCAGCUUUAUAUCGAUUUAUCCGUAUUUCGACACAAGAGGAUAUCAGACAAUGAUUCCACAAAGAGACAUAGUCUUAUACGAUAUAUCAAGGUGGCGAGUUAACAAUCGCCGCAAAUAGAUUCAAUGUUACUGAUGCGGCGUUAAGCAAUAUUCAGUCACUCACUCAUGUAAACGAGGUACCCUGUCUCACUGUAGAUGGACUUGCAUCUCCGUCUCAUGUUUUAUGUUAAGGGUGGUUUUGGGUGCUGGUGUUUCCUAAAAAACUUUUCGGGUUUUGUCUGUUGUGCGUUUAACACUUGUCAGAAGGGCGAUCGACAUCUGCCAAUGACGUCAAAAACAUACACAUCGGACGUGUCCGAAACAAACAGUUUUUUGUCUGACGUCUCCGAAACAAAUACACCCUAGACUGACGUCGGAACAAUACACAUCUCGGACUCACGUGUCAGAAACAUACACACAUCAGAAUGACGUCAGAAACACACACAUCUCGGACUGACGUGUCAGAAACAAAAACACAUCAGAAUGACGUCAGAAACAUACACAUCUCGGACUGACGUGUCAGAAACAAAUACACAUCAGAAUGACGUCAGAAACAUACACAUCGCGGACUGACGUGUCAGAAACAAAUACACAUCAGAAUGACGUCAGAAACAUACACAUCGCGGACUGACGUGUCAGAAACAAAUACACAUCAGAAUGACGUCAGAAACACACACAUCUCGGACUCACGUGUCAGAAACAUACACACAUCAGAAUGACGUCAGAAACACACACAUCUCGGACUGACGUGUCAGAAACAUACACACAUCAGAAUGACGUCAGAAACACACACAUCUCGGACUGACGUGUCAGAAACAAAUACACAUCAUAAUGACGUCAGACACACACAUCUCGGACUCACGUGUCAGAAACAUACACACAUCAGAAUGACGUCGGAAACACACACAUCUCGGACUCACGUGUCAGAAACAUACACACAUCAGAAUGACGUCAGAAACACACACAUCUCGGACUCACGUGUCAGAAACAUACACACAUCAGAAUGACGUCAGAAACACACACAU